AGCCGUCCCGGCGCUAAGUUGUGGGGCCCGGCUCCUCCCGACCUGGUUCUUUCCUCUAGGCUCCUGGGACCCAGCUCCGCGCCACCAGCCCCCGAGCCGCCGUACCCGCAACCCCUGGGUGCGGAGGACCCGCGUACCCUUGUCGAGAAAACUUUUCCUGCGGACUCGGGUCGGGGCGGCGGUGGCAGGAAGUCAGGGCAGCGACCUCUCGUCUGCCUGCGGCGCUCGCCCCGCCGGGUACCAGCGCUAAGCUCGAGACCAAGUUUUCGGGAGCCCCUUUCGGGCUGCAGGCUGGGCUCGCCUCGGGAGGAACGCCCGGCCCCAGGGAGAGCGGCGGGCCAGGGCGAAGGCCGAGGGCGCGUGGCGGUGCCGGGACCCUCGCCCGCAGCCGAAAGCGCGGAGGACACGAGCUGGGAGCCACCGGCGGCCGCCUCCGGGAGUCCAGGGUCUGCCUCCUCCGGGUGAUCACUGUCCUGGCCCCGAGUCUAUCGAGGAAAAUGAAGUUAAGUCGCCAGUUCACCGUGUUCGGCAGCGCGAUCUUUUGCGUGGUGAUCUUCUCGCUCUACCUGAUGCUGGACCGGGGUCACUUAGACUACCCCAGGAGCCCGCGCCGCGAGGGCUCCUUUCCCCAGGGCCAGCUCUCAAUGUUGCAAGAAAAAAUAGACCAUUUGGAGCAUUUGCUGGCUGAGAAUAAUGAGAUCAUCUCAAAUAUUAGAGAUUCUGUCAUCAAUUUGAGUGAGUCUGUGGAGGAUGGGCUGAAAAGUUCACAAGGCAAUUUUAGCCAGGGUGCUGGCUCACCUCUUCUGUCAUCAAAACAAUUGUCCCUCACAGACAAUCCUGCAGACUGUCUGUUUGCAUCACAAAGUGGAAGUCAGAAUUCAGAUGUGCAGAUGUUGGAUGUUUACAAUCUAAUUCCUUUUGACAAUCCAGAUGGUGGAGUUUGGAAACAAGGAUUUGACAUUACCUAUCUAUCUAACGAAUGGGACACUAAGCCCCUUCAAGUCUUUGUGGUACCUCAUUCCCAUAAUGACCCAGGUUGGUUGGAGACUUUCGAUGAAUACUUUAGAGAGAGGACUCAGUAUAUUUUUAAUAACAUGGUCGUCAAGCUGAAAGAAGACUCACGGAGGAAGUUUAUAUGGUCUGAGAUCUCUUACCUUUCAAAGUGGUGGGAUACUAUAGAUAUUAAGAAGAAGGAUGCUGUUAAAAGUUUACUAGAAAAUGGCCAGCUUGAAAUUGUGACAGGUGGCUGGGUUAUGCCUGAUGAAGCUGCUGCACAUUAUUUUGCCUUAAUCGACCAACUAAUUGAAGGACAUCAGUGGCUGGAAAAAAAUCUAGGAGUGAAACCUCGAUCUGGCUGGUCUAUUGAUCCUUUUGGACAUUCACCAACAAUGGCUUAUCUUCUGAAAUGUGCUGGAUUUUCUCACAUGCUUAUCCAGAGGGUUCAUUAUGCAGUUAAGAAACAUUUUGCAUUGCAAAAAACACUGGAGUUCUUUUGGAGACAGAACUGGGAUCUGGGAUCUGUCACAGAUAUUUUCUGCCACAUGAUGCCCUUCUACAGCUAUGACGUCCCUCACACUUGUGGACCUGAUCCAAAAAUAUGCUGCCAGUUUGAUUUUAAACGGCUUUCUGGAGGCAGAUUUGGUUGUCCCUGGGGAGUGCCCCCAGAAAAAAUAAACAUUAGAAAUGUUGAAAACAGGGCUAAGAUGCUUCUAGAUCAGUACCGAAAGAAGUCAAAGCUUUUCCGUACUACAGUUCUCCUGGCCCCACUCGGAGAUGAUUUUCGCUACUCUGAAAGCACGGAAUGGGAUCUUCAGUUCAGGAAUUAUCAGCUGCUUUUUGAUUAUAUGAAUUCUCAACCUCAGUAUAAUGUUAAGAUACAGUUUGGGACUUUAUCAGAUUAUUUUGAUGCCCUGGAUAAAGAAGAUGCAACCAACAGAAAGAAUAGCCAAUCAAUGUUCCCCGUUCUAAGUGGAGAUUUUUUCACUUAUGCUGACCGAGAUGAUCAUUACUGGAGUGGCUACUUUACAUCUAGACCCUUUUACAAACGAAUGGAUAGAAUAUUGGAAUCUCAUAUAAGGGCUGCUGAAAUACUUUACUAUUUCGCCCUGAAACAAGCUCAGAAAUACAAGAUAAAUGCAUUUCUUUCAUCAUCCGAUUUCACAACGCUGACAGAAGCCAGAAGGAAUUUAGGACUAUUUCAACAUCAUGAUGCUAUCACAGGAACUGCAAAAGAUUUGGUGGUUGUGGAUUAUGGUACCAGACUCUUUCAUUCAUUAACGAAUUUGAAGAAGAUAAUCGGACAUUCUGCACUACUUCUUAUUUUGAAGGACAAACAUGCAUACGACUCUCCCUCUUUUGAUACCCUCCUAGAAAUGGAUUUGCAGCAAAAAUCACAAGCUUCUCUACAAUACAAAAAAAUAAUAAAGCUGAGUGAGGAGCCAAGGUAUCUUGUGGUCUAUAAUCCUUCAGAACAAGAACGAAAUUCGGUGGUAUCGGUACAUGUGAGUUCCCCCACAGUACAAGUGUCCUCUGCCUCAGGAAGGCCUGUGGAAAUUCAAAUGAGUGCAGUUUGGGAUAAAGGAAGUACUGUUUCACAGACAGCCUACAAGAUCUCUUUUCCAGCACAGAUGCCACCAUUGGGAUUGCAAGUAUAUACCAUUUCACAAUCAACAAGUUCAAAUCCACAUUUAGCUGAAUAUGUCCUGUAUAACAAUAACAUAGAAUAUAAAGGAAUUUUCAACAUGAAGAAUAUGAAAGGUGCUGAAGAGGAUAUAACUAUAGAGAACUCUUUUAUUAAGCUUCGGUUUGGUCAGUCUGGACUUAUGGAGGAAAUGAUAAAUAAAGAAGAUGGUAAACGUCAUGAAGUAAAAGUACAAUUUUCAUGGUAUGGGACCACAAGUAAAAAGGACAAAAGCGGUGCCUACCUCUUUUUACCUGAUGGGGAAGCCAAGCCUUAUGUUUACACAACACUGCCCCUUAUCAGAGUGCAACGUGGAAAGUUUUAUUCUGAUGUGACUUGCUUUUUUGAACAUGUUACCCAUAGAGUCCGACUGUACAACAUACAGGGAAUAGAAGGACAGUCUGUGGAAGUUUCAAAUAUUGUGGACAUCCGAAAAGAACAGAACUAUGAGAUUGCAAUGAGAAUUUCUUCUAGCAUAAACAGCCAAAACAGAUUUUUUACGGACCUAAAUGGAUACCAGAUUCAACCUAGAAUGACAAUGAGCAAAUUGCCUCUUCAAGCAAAUGUUUAUCCGAUGACCACAAUGGCGUAUAUACAGGAUGCUGAGCAUCGCUUGACACUGCUCUCUGCUCAGUCUUCAGGUGUAUCAAGUUUGAAAAGUGGUCAGAUUGAAGUUAUCAUGGAUCGAAGACUCAUGCAAGAUGAUAAUCGUGGCCUUGAGCAAGGUGUCUAUGAUAACAAGAUUACAGCUAAUUUAUUUCGAAUACUACUAGAAAAAAGAACUGUCGUGGAUAUGGAAGAAGAAAAGAAGUCAGUCAGUUAUCCUUCCCUCCUUAGUCACAUAACUUCUUCUUUCCUGAAUCACCCUGUCUUGUCAAUGACAGGAAAAAACCCCAUGCCCACCCUUCAGCUGCUGGGUAAAUUCUCUCCAUUAGUGUCAUCUUUGCCUUGUGACAUUCACCUGGUCAACCUGAGGACAAUACAGUCAAAGGUGGAAGGUGAGCAUUCUGAUGAGGCAGCCUUGAUUCUCCACAGGAGGGGAUAUGAUUGCCGCUUUUCCAGCAGAGACACAGGGCUGCUUUGUUCCACUACCCAGGGAAAGAUAUUGGUACGGGAACUUUUUAACGAGUUUACUGUUGCAAGUCUCAUACCUUCAUCAUUGUCCUUGAUGCAUUCGCCUCCAGACGCCCGAAAUAUAAGUGAGAUCAGCUUGAGUCCCAUGGAAAUCAGCACAUUCCGAAUCCAGCUGAAGUGAACCUGGCCUUCAAAUUUGGAUUGGGAAGCAUUGGCUUUUAUACACUUCUUGGUUUGACGUGCAAUAAAGAAGCACAUUAUUUUA